AUGGAUACCUCCGGCGGCGGCGGCGGCGCCGCGGGCGGGGCCGCGCAGAUCCAGGGGAUGGCGACGCACGGCGGCCGCUACGUGCUCUACAACGUCUACGGCAACCUCUUCGAGGUCGCCUCCAAGUACGCCCCGCCCAUCCGCCCCAUCGGCCGAGGCGCCUACGGCAUUGUCUGCGCGGCGGUUAGUUCGGAUACAGGAGAGGAGGUUGCGAUCAAGAAGAUUGGAAAUGCGUUUGACAACCACAUCGACGCCAAGCGGACGCUGAGAGAAAUAAAGCUUCUUCGCCACAUGGACCAUGAGAAUAUUCUUGCCAUAAAGGAUUUAAUACGCCCCCCAAGAAGAGAUGAUUUUAAGGAUGUGUACAUUGUUACUGAGUUGAUGGACACAGAUCUCCACCAGAUCAUUCGCUCAAAUCAAUCAUUGACUGAUGACCAUUGCCAGUACUUCUUGUAUCAGUUGCUUCGAGGGCUAAAAUAUGUGCACUCAGCAAAUGUCUUGCACCGUGAUCUGAAGCCAAGCAAUUUGUUCCUAAACGCAAAUUGCGAUCUCAAGAUUGCAGACUUUGGGCUUGCAAGGACCACUUCAGAAACUGAUCUCAUGACAGAGUAUGUGGUCACUCGUUGGUACCGAGCACCAGAGUUGCUGUUGAACUGUUCACAAUAUACUGCUGCAAUUGAUGUCUGGUCAGUUGGGUGCAUACUUGGUGAAAUUAUUACUCGUCAACCCCUGUUUCCUGGAAGAGAUUACAUCCAACAGUUAAAAUUGAUCACUGAGUUGAUAGGAUCACCAGAUGAUUCGAGCCUAGGAUUUCUUCGGAGUGAUAAUGCACGAAGAUACAUGAAGCAAUUACCACAGUACCCAAGGCAGGACUUCCGCCUGCGCUUCCGCAACAUGUCUGAUGGUGCAGUUGAUCUGUUAGAGAGAAUGCUGGUGUUUGACCCAAGCAGACGCAUCACUGUUGAUGAGGCUCUGCAUCACCCAUACUUGGCUUCUCUUCAUGACAUCAACGAAGAACCCACUUGCCCAGCACCUUUCAGCUUUGAUUUUGAGCAACCAUCUUUUACAGAAGAACAUAUGAAAGAGCUCAUCUGGAGGGAAACUUUAGCAUUUAACCCUGAUCCUCCCUACUAA